AUAACUAUAUAGCUGGUCCAGUUUUUGUACUCUGCAGUGCAGUAACAGAUUUUGAUUUCAUCGUUACCAUUGUUGUUCUUAAAAAUGUUCUAUCUUUUACAAGAGCCUUUGGGAAAAAUCUCCAAGGGCAGACCUCUGACGUCUUCUUUGCAGCCAGUAGCUUGACUGCAGCGCUGCAUUCACUAAAUGAAGUGAUGGAAAAUAUUGAAGUUUAUCAUGAAUUUUGGUUCGAAGAAGCCACAAAUUUGGCAACUAAACUUGAUAUUCAGAUGAAACUCCCCGGGAAAUUCCGCAGAGGCCAGCACGGUAACCUGGAAUCUCAGCUCACCUCUGAGAGUUACUAUAAAGAAACUCUAAGUGUUCCAACAGUGGAACACAUUAUUCAGGAACUGAAAGAUAUAUUCUCAGAACAGCACCUCAAAGCUCUUAAAUGCUUAUCUUUUGUACCCUCUGUCAUGGGACAGCUCAAAUUUAAUACAUCAGAGGAGCACCAUGCUGACAUGUACAGAAGUGACUUGCCCAAUCCUGACACACUCUCAGCUAAGCUGCAUUGCUGGAGAAUCAAAUGGAAACACAGAGGGAAAGAUAUAGAACUUCCAUCUACCAUUUAUGAAGCCCUCCAUCUACCAGACAUCAAGUUUUUUCCUAAUGUUUAUGCAUUGCUGAAAGUCCUGUGUAUUCUUCCUGUGAUGAAGGUUGAGAAUGAACGCUAUGAAAAUGGGCGAAAGCAUCUCAAAGCAUACCUGAGGAACACUUUGACAGACCAAAGGUCAAGUAACUUGGCUUUGCUUAACAUAAAUUUUGACAUAAAACAUGAUCUCGAUUUAAUGGUGGACACAUAUAUCAAACUCUAUACAACUAAGUCAGAGCUUCCUACAGAUAACUCAGAAACCAUUGAAAAUACCUAAGAAACGUUUAAAGUAGGCUUUCUCUUAUGUUUGGUGUUUGGAAAAAUCUGU